GCCUAGGAUUCAUGGGUCUUGUGGGCCUCGAUGGUCUUCUGGUUCGGUUACGUUGCCAACGUCUUGAUGUGGAUCACUGCGAUUUCUCGUUGCUGUGCACCUUGCUGUUGUGAGAUGACAGAUGUGAAGUGCCCUUGCCCUUGCACGUGCUUUCAUUUGUUGGAUGUGCCCUUCUAUUUGGCCGUGGUGGUCUCCGUGAUUCCGGCCAACUUCCACCACUCGGUGAAUAUGAAUGAGGAACUCUACAACGAAUUUCCAUUUCUGCAAGAACUGGACUUUUGGCAGUACAUGGAUGUCGUGUUGGCCAUUGGCGUGGUUCUCUUGCUUGUGGCGAUGCCAAGCACUCUCUGGAAGGUCUUCAUUCUUCGCCGGGCGAAGAUGAGUUCCGCGGCCAACCGCACUGCAUCCGCCGCGCCCGCUGCGUUGCCUGUGGUGCAAGCGCAGGUGGUGGGCCCGGCGGUGGCUGUCGAAGGCAAUCACCCAUCCGAAAGCAACAAUCAGGUGGUUUGAGGAAUCGACGAACGGUUCGUGGGAUGAGCGAUUUUCAUCCAAUGUAGAUCUACCAGAUGUGGUGAUCAUCUGGCGGUUCUAAGGUCGAAGUCUUAAGGCAACCUGAUGUAACCUGUAUAGAUCGUACCGUAAUCAUAUUCAGUGAUUUGACAUGAGGGAUCAUAAUGAGAGACACUGCUUUUUUUUGGUACAGAUCGAUCUUGGGAUUGGCUAGAGUCUAGAGUUUCACUACAGCUUGACCAAGCCAUUCCGCGGUCGCAAAGUACGACCCGUCUCGACAUAAGAAUGUUUUACCUUCCGAGCGAAACACAGCCGGACUUUGACUCCUUGGCUCCACGUUCUUCGUUCAGAGCUGUGGAGCACGCACGCAAUGUCCUGGCCAGGCAAUGUCCUGGAAAAGAAGGAUCCAAUCUGGUUG